CCGCCGCCGCCGCCGGUUCAGUCCGUUACCCACCGUCAUCCGGCGAGCAUUUCGCACUCGCGUGUUCGUCGAUUGUCGAUUGUCGAUUGUCGAUGUUAUUAGAAUAAUCAUCGAUUAGAAUUAUAGUUUAUUAUUUUUGUGUUCUCGUUCGCGACGGUGUAUACUCAUAAUAUUGUUGUUGUUUUAUUCGUCCGUCGGAUUUGUUCAUUUUUCAACCAACUCGACCACGUCAUGUUUUCGCCUACUCCGUCGCCGAUUUCUCGGACCGUAACGUACAGAAAGAUAACAAAACCGUUAUUGGAACGAAAGCGCCGCGCUCGCAUCAAUCGGUGUUUGGAUGAGUUAAAGGAUCUGAUGUUUUCUGCCUUAGAGGCUGAAGGUGAAAAUGUCGAUAAACUCGAAAAGGCAGACAUUUUGGAAUUUACCGUUAAACAUCUUCAAAAGAUUACUAGAAGAGAUCCCGUGGAAGAAGCUUAUAAAUUUCAAGAAGGAUUUAGCCACUGUGCCAGCGAAGCGUGCAGUUUCCUAUUGUCGCUGCCGGGCUUGGACUCUGUGGUCGGCCGCCGGCUGGUCGAGUACUUGGCCAAGUCAGUGUCUCGCGCGCUCGAAUCUCAACUGCCAGCCGCCGCCGCCGCAGCCACCGCAGCCGCCGCCGCAGCGAUGGCCGCUACUGACAAGCGGGCUGCCGCCACCGCCAGUGAAGACCGGACGCCUCCGCAGCCGCCCGACCACACGCCGCCAACGCCGCCUCCGUCGGCCGCGACCGCGACGGUCCUCGCGCUACCAUGCCCAGCCGGUGGCACCACCGCUGGCGACACCGCAACCAUCGGCACCACCGUCCACUUUGCGGCCAUCGCCGCCGCCUCGCCGACGCUAAAACCCGUCGCCCUGAACGCGUCCAAUCGUGGCCCACCGCACACGGUCGUCAGGCCCAAACCCACCAGGCCUGCGUUUGGCCGGUCCCCACCUACUCUACAGCAAGACGCCGCAGCCGCAGCUGCCGCUGCCGCCCUUCGCGAUCCCAUGUGGCGGCCGUGGUGAUUGACGCAUCGUCGACGUAAGCUUUUUGCGGCCGCGGCCACACUAUGUACUUACUGCCACCUGCUGCACGCUUAUCGCGAUCUAGAGUGGCGGACGACUCGUCAUCGAUGCGCAUCAAAAUCGUCAGCCAUAAUUUUGAUAUUUUAUACAUUUAAGGCCGAAUAAAUAGACCAGGGUAGUCGUAAUCUUUUCUUAAUUUGGGUGGUGAGGGGGAGAGUUAGGGCCUUAUAAGUCCCUCUCCCCCGAUAUCCACCUAUGUGUUGGACUGUUAGAGCCACGACAGUGUGAGUUUCGUGGUUUUUCGUUUAUUUUAUACAUUCUGUUUUGGGUGUUUAUUUUUUGGAUCAACUAUCACAAAAGUUCACAAUUUUAUUGUUAUAAUAUAAUUAAUAAUUAUCAUGUAUAAAAUGUUUGACGCAGCAACUGUUUUCGGGUCUUUUCGAAUGACAUUUUACUUUAUUUUGAUUUUCAAGGAAAUACAAUUUUUUGGGGAGGGGGCCGAACUUUGUUAAACGUACGAAAUAUCUGCUGUCGUUUGAUUUGGUGUGAUAUUGUACGUUAAUUUAUUAUGUUUUCAGUUUUUGUAAAUAUAUUAUACAUUAUUUAUAUUAUUAUUAUUUGUAUUAUCACUACUAUUAUUUUUAUUAUUAUUAUUAUUAUUAUUAUCAUUAUUAUUAUUAUAUGAGUACCAAUAUACUUUGUAGAAACGUA